CCCCCUUGGAGGCGGCUGAUCUCAAAAGGCAGGAAGAGAGCAUCUGAGCAGCAGUUGCCACCGCGUAUUUUGAAAGACAUUUGUUACGUUUCAGAGCGCUGCAGCCUGUUUCCCCUCUGAAGUUGGCUCCAGCCUUAGCAGCCGCAUUGGAUCCCACAGCUUAUUGCGAGACUCCGGUAUACAAUCCGGAUCUCUGCCCCAAUAUGAUCGCGGCCCAGGCCAAGCUGGUGUAUCAUCUGAAUAAAUACUACAACGAGAAAUGCCAAGCCAGGAAAGCCGCCAUCGCCAAAACUAUCCGAGAAGUCUGCAAAGUGGUUUCGGACGUACUAAAGGAAGUGGAGGUGCAGGAGCCUCGUUUCAUCAGCUCUUUGAACGAGAUGGACAACCGCUAUGAGGGCUUGGAGGUCAUUUCUCCCACAGAGUUUGAAGUGGUCCUUUAUCUGAACCAAAUGGGAGUUUUCAACUUUGUGGACGACGGCUCUUUGCCGGGCUGCGCCGUGUUAAAGUUAAGCGAUGGGCGCAAGAGGAGCAUGUCCCUUUGGGUGGAGUUCAUCACGGCAUCCGGUUACCUUUCUGCUCGCAAAAUCCGGUCCAGAUUUCAGACUCUGGUGGCCCAAGCCGUGGAUAAAUGCAGUUACCGAGAUGUGGUAAAGAUGGUGGCUGACACGAGUGAAGUGAAACUGAGAAUCAGAGAUAGAUAUGUCGUGCAGAUCACUCCGGCUUUUAAAUGCACAGGGAUCUGGCCAAGGAGUGCUGCCCACUGGCCACUUCCCCACAUCCCCUGGCCGGGACCCAACAGGGUAGCAGAGGUCAAAGCUGAAGGAUUCAACCUUUUAUCCAAGGAGUGUCACUCUCUAGCAGGCAAGCAGAGUUCAGCCGAGAGCGAUGCCUGGGUGUUGCAGUUCGCAGAAGCGGAGAACAGACUGCAGAUGGGCGGCUGCAGAAAGAAAUGCCUCUCUAUCCUCAAAACCUUACGGGAUCGUCAUCUGGAACUGCCGGGACAACCCCUGAAUAAUUAUCACAUGAAGACUCUGGUUUCAUACGAGUGUGAAAAGCAUCCCCGUGAAUCGGACUGGGACGAGUCUUGCCUGGGCGACCGGCUCAACGGGAUUUUACUGCAACUCAUCUCCUGCCUUCAGUGCAGGAGGUGCCCACAUUACUUCUUGCCCAACUUAGACCUGUUUCAGGGAAAACCUCAUUCAGCCCUGGAAAAUGCAGCCAAACAAACUUGGCGACUGGCUAGGGAAAUACUCACCAACCCGAAAAGUUUGGAAAAACUUUAGAGGACAAUUAAAAUAUGGGCCUAACCGAUUAGUCUUCUGAUUUUCAGAUAAAGUUUAAACUUCCUGUUCGAAAAGUCAAAUAUUUCCACUUGAGAAUGCUAAUAAUAUUCUCUUUAAAAGGAAUAUUGCUUAGGCUCUUCACACACACAGACACACACACUCACAACAACAAACACUAUGACAUGUCUUCAUCACAGUUUUGAAAUCCCCCCUGAAAAAUAUAUCUUAACACCCGGAAACAAAUUCGGCUGUAAUUUAACAUGAUUGUGACCAUUCUGCCUAGAAACGGCACCAAUGGAUUAUAACAAAACCCGGUAUUUUUAUGUAAAUCCCUCUGUGAGUAAAAGCUAUUUGGAUAUGCCAUCUGAACAAAACCCUAAUGUACAUUUUAAUUUGUAUCAAAUAUUGUGAUCUCACAUUGUCUUUGAAAUUGUGGAUGUUGGUGUUUUGUGAUUUGGUGAACAGAAGUUAAAUUGCCAUUUCGGAUACUUCAGGACAUUUUCUGCUAAAGAAGAUACCAUUUAAAAAGGUAGAUUUUAUCAUGGUACUUUUGUUAAUUGUCUUUUGAAGUGUCUGAACUUAAAAGUUUAC